AUGCGAGCCCGGCCUCAAGGCCAAGGGAAUGGGGACUCCCACGUUUCAUUGGGUCCUUCUGCUAGUCAGCACCCAGCCCGAAGGCUCGGGGAGCAAACGCCUCCGGGGGCGGGUGAGGAUGUGCCCUCCCAGGAGCCCCAUGCAGGCCACCAAGAAAGCCAGCCACUUAACGUCGUGGGGGCCGAUAUCCCGUAUGAGCCCCACAGUCGGGGGAUGGUGAUUCUUGCCCCUCCAAAGGUGGAGCCUGUUGAGCCAGAGGAAAGCUCUUCCAGUUCCAGCUCUAGCUCCAAGGCAGUGGCGAGGCUAAAGCAAAAGAAGUGCAAUAUCUGGCCCAAAUUCAAAGAGAAGCAGAAGGCAAAGACUGGUGGUCUUCGGCAAAGAUCACCAGGAGCAAGACUAGGCCAAACAGGGAGCAGAGGAAAGCUGCCCGACAGGACUGGAGUAGAUGGGACACAGGCUAUGUGCGCAAGAACUCCAGGCCUGGGUCAGAGGAGCAACCCUCUAGCUCCUCCCGUUCAGAGAGACAAGCAAGUUCCGCGCCAUGGGCGCAGGUUCGGGGUCGUGGUCCAAAACCACGCAGCCCCCCCUGCAAGGCGCGGUAAGUCUCUGGAACCAAUGGCGCAGUCGGAGCCCGAAAGUGAGCACCCCCCGCUGGUUCUCAAGGAGAGGGAGCAGGUUAAAGUUGAACAGCAGGAAGCCCAGAAAGCCCAGGAAGCCUUGCGGGAGAGAGCUGCUGCAUUCGUGGCAGAAGCCAAUGAGGAGAUUGAGGUGAGCUCUGAGGAUAACGAUUGGACCCAGGUAGGUACCUUGCCGCGUACGGGACCGAGGGUUCUGAGUCGUGCAGAAGCGGACAUCCCCCAUGUUGGGGGGAUUAGCCAGGGCAAACCGCAAGCGCGCCUGGCCUCACCAUUUCCUCCCUCCACAGGUGACUCUCUACCGAAACUCCAAUGGGGUGAUCAUGCCUGA